AUUUGGCACUCGCCGAUACAGGAGCCCGUCAUGCAGUCAAGUUUUAAAAGUCUACAACUACCCGAGAAACAUUCAAUUGUACAACUAUACCAAUCUACUCGCAGAAAUGGCAUCUUCUCAACCUACUCGAUGGGCUGCUCUCGCCCGCGAUACGAACGAGACCAAGAUUCAGCUUGCUCUUAACCUUGACGGCGGCGAUUUCCCUCCGGACACUGACUCCCGUCUUCUCAACGAUGGAGAUAGCCAUGCUUCUCAGGCUAGCAAGUCGCAGAAGAUCGCUGUCAACACAGGAAUUGGUUUCCUUGACCAUAUGCUUCAUGCUCUAGCUAAGCAUGCUGGAUGGAGUCUUGCUCUGAACUGCAAGGGUGAUCUUCACAUUGAUGACCACCACACCGCCGAAGAUGUCUGCAUCGCCCUUGGUUAUGCCUUCGCCCAGGCUCUCGGCACUCCUGCUGGUCUCGCCCGUUUCGGCUACGCCUAUGCUCCCCUUGACGAGGCCCUGUCUCGCGCGGUCAUCGAUCUUUCCAACCGUCCCUACAGCGUUGUUGACCUCGGUCUGAAGCGAGAGUGGCUUGGCCAGCUCAGCACCGAGAUGGUACCUCAUUGUCUCCAGAGCUUUGCCCAGGGUGCUCGUGUUACGCUGCAUGUUCACUGUCUUCACGGUGACAACGACCACCAUCGAGCCGAGAGUGCUUUCAAGGCUCUUGCUGUUGCUAUCAAGGCUGCUACCACAAGGAUACCUGGUAAAGAGGGUGAGGUGCCUAGCACCAAGGGUACUCUGAGUGCGUAAGGGAAUAGUCGCUUAGGAGUUCCGGAUAAAUACUUGGUUUUGGUUAGAACUAGACCUGCUAUUGAUAGGAAUGCAGGAAUCAGACUUUGAGAUAUAAGUGAAUAUAUGACCUAUGUCACAUAA